AUUGAUAAGUAUUUGUGGUGAACUAUGAACGAGAUUCUACAAUGAAAAUGAGAAGAAAACCAAAUUUUCCCUUCAAUUCGUAAGUAGUUAGUACCUUCAAAAAAGAAUGUAUUUAAAAUUCAGAAUCUUUUUAAGUUUAUUAAAUAUACGAAGUAUAUUUCUUACAAUCUAUUUAAAGAAAGUUCUGUCAAUUGAUAUUAUAAUCGUGACGAAUUUGAUAUACUCGAUGCCAUCCAAAAGCCUGAGUGGUGGGAAGAGAUUACAGUGCACAUUCGAUAUUAAAAACACUUGUCAUUGAUCACGUCGGUUCAAUCUUGCUGCAUGUUUCACGCUGGUUUGAUUAUCGAUCGCCGCAACCGCCUUAUUCGCGACCAUCGUGAAACAUGACUUACCGUCCGAGAAAUUUUUAAGUGGAAAUACUCAUUCGAUCGGUCGAAAUUACUGUCACGCGAACGCGGUCCUCCGUUACAUUUAAAUUACUCGUGGAUUUGUGAAACUUGUCGAACUAUGUCUAAACGGUCAACAUGGAAAUUAAACGCUGCAAUUACGUCGGCAUGCGUCCUAGGAUUUGCCCUCAGUUAUUACGCGUAUAUCGUGGAAAUAAAGAAAGAAGAAGACGACUCUUACGAGGCAAUGUGCGACAUUAGCGAACACAUCAGCUGCACGAAACUAUUUACGUCCGACUACGGAAAAGGUUUCGGAAUAAUUCCAGAAACGUCUCCUUUAUACAUGCUAAAUCCUAUAUAUGGAUUAAUAUUUUAUGCUUUGGUCGCGAUACUCAAUGUGUUUAAUAAAUAUCCCACUUCAAUCCUCGUCGUGACGUUGGGAGUUUGCGCGAAUCUUGGUACGAUUUAUCUGGCCUACAUUUUGUACAUUCUGAAUAACGUGUGUGUGGUCUGUGUUAGUUCUUACAUUAUAAACGCUGUUAUUCUAAUACUUGCCGUUAAGAAACAUCAAAAAUUAUCCCAAGAUGGCACGAACAAGAAGAAAAAGAAGAAGAAUUAAAGAUUUCUAAAGAGGAUGCUGAAGAUUCACAGUUACAAUUCGUUAAGAACAUCCAUUAGAAUCAAUCGAUUACUAAGCAGAAGCUUUUGCUCUGUUUUAAUGAAUUAAUCAUAUCCAAGCCAGAUAUAAGAUUACGAUCAUGAUUAUUAACUGUUAAGAUACUCUUGAGAUGAGCCAUGUUACUAACAGAGUCACAUGUUCCAUUUAAAUCUACCUUUUACUUACUAGUGAAUAAUAGAUGUUUAUGCAUUUAUAAUGAAAGUAAUAUCCAGAUUUUUACAAAGAAAAUAAAUAUAUAUAUAUGUAUAUCCAUUUAGUUUGUCUCUUUAGAAAUUAUACAAUUACAAAUGUGCAUAAACAUCAACGAGCUCACUUCCAUAUUUUAUAGAUCGUAAUGGCGUUACUUCUCCGCACUAUUUUGAUAUGCAAUUUACGAAAAUAAAUUUUAUCUUUAUACAACUGCGAUAAAUAAGAUUAUAAACGGAAACGUUGUUCAUCCUUCUCUACCGAUUUGAUAUGUAAUCUUGGAUUGUCGUCUGACACAACGAGAUAAAAGAAAUGCAUUUCACAUAACCUGAACCACAGUAAAAUUAAGUAUUCGAUAUACCAUCCACUAAGCAAUGUAACGUUACUUUGUACACAGAACAAUGUCAAUUCGCGAUGUAUACAAAUAAAUCCAUUCCAAAUAAAGAAUUUCAGGUUACAUGUC